CUCCUCCCCACCACUUCUAAUCUCUUCCUCUUCUUCAUCGCUUCGCAUCAAUGGCGACUCUCAAGAAAUCCGUUUCUCUCUGCUUCGCCUCCUUCCUUGUCGCCUUUCUCUCUGCUUCACUCUCCUGCGCCAAAGUCCAUGAACAUGAAUUCAUCGUACAAGCGACGAAGGUGAAGAGACUGUGUAAAACCCACAACAGCAUCACGGUUAACGGAAUGUUCCCCGGACCAACGCUCGAAGUCUAUAACGGAGACACUCUCGUCGUCAAAGUCGUUAACCGUGCCCGUUACAACGUCACUAUCCACUGGCAUGGUGUGAGGCAAAUGCGAACCGGGUGGGCAGAUGGGCCGGAGUUCGUGACCCAGUGUCCGAUCAGGCCGGGUCAUAGUUACACGUACCGGUUCACCAUCCACGGUGGUCAAGAAGGCACUCUCUGGUGGCACGCUCACAGCUCGUGGCUCCGAGCCACCGUCUACGGUGCUCUCAUCGUCUACCCUCAGAGAGGAACCGACUAUCCUUUCCCGAAACCUCAUCGCGAAACCCCGAUUCUUCUCGGUGAAUGGUGGGAUGCGAACCCUAUCGAUGUAGUCAGAGAGGCCACACGAACCGGAGCUGCCCCUAAUGUCUCCGAUGCUUAUACCAUCAAUGGCCAGCCAGGCGAUCUAUACAAAUGCUCUAGUCAAGACACGACAAUAGUUCCCAUCAACGUCGGCGAGAGACAUCUCCUCCGUGUGAUAAACUCGGCCUUGAACCAACCGUUAUUCUUCACGGUGGCUAACCACAAGCUCACGGUGGUCGGAGCCGACGCAUCGUACGUAAAACCAUUCACGACCACCGUCCUAAUGCUCGGCCCCGGCCAGACCACCGACGUUCUCGUCACCGGCGACCAGCCACCGAACCGCUACUACAUGGCCGCUAGGGCAUACCAAAGCGCCCAAAACGCACCCUUUGAUAACACUACCACGACCGCAAUCCUCCAUUACAAGACAGCGCCUUGUUGCGGUAAGAACGGCGUUUCCCUCAAACCCAUCAUGCCUCUUCUUCCGGCAUACAACGAUACAAACACCGUUACUCAAUUCAGCAAGAGUUUCCGGUCACUGAGACGUGCCGAUGUUCCGACCGAGGUCGACGAGAAUCUGUUCUUUACUAUCGGUCUCGGCCUCGACAACUGUCCCAAGAACUUUAGGGCAAGAAGAUGCCAAGGUCCUAACGGGACACGAUUCACAGCUUCGAUGAACAACGUCUCGUUUGUUCUUCCUCGGAACUAUUCUCUCCUCCAAGCACACGCUCAGGGAAUUCCCAGAGUUUUCACGACCGAUUUUCCGGCGAUUCCUCCGGUGAAAUUCGAUUAUACCGGAAAUGUGAGCAGGUCACUUUAUCAGCCGGUGAAGGGUACAAAGCUAUACAAGCUCAAGUUCGGAUCGAGAGUACAGAUCGUCUUGCAAGAUACAAGCAUUGUAACACCCGAAAACCAUCCCAUUCAUCUCCAUGGCUACGAUUUCUACAUUUUGGCCGAGGGUUUCGGUAACUUCAACCCCAAGAAAGAUACGAAAAAGUUCAAUCUCGUCGACCCGCCUCUCAGAAACACUGCAGCCGUGCCCGUUAACGGAUGGACCGUGAUCAGAUUCGUCGCUGAUAACCCAGGGGUUUGGAUAAUGCAUUGCCAUCUGGAUGUACACAUAAACUGGGGUCUGGCUAUGGCGUUCCUGGUGGACAACGGCGUUGGAGCUUUGCAAUCACUGGAGCCACCGCCUGCAGAUUUGCCGGUCUGUUAGGGCAAGAAAACGAAUCAAGAAUCUGAAAAGCUCUCCAUAACUAAGGGGUUUGAAGAAAAUGUUCAUCCAUAUCUUCUUCAUAUCACUUAUUUUUCACUUGUUUUCCGGGGUUAAAUGAUUUGAAUCAGUAGUAUUAUUCGUAGAUUUGUGUUGCAUGUCCCUGCAUUUUGGGACAUAUAGACUCAUGUUUUGUUCCAUUGUUUUGUUUUGUUGCUUUUGAUAGAUAAACCGGUUUUAUUGGAUUCCAACCGGUUUCCGGUAUGGAUCCCGACCCGGUCAGCUACAUUUUUCUCGAUGUAUUCUUUCCACGUUUUACACCGGAUUAUGAUGCUAAGCACAUUGCAAAAUUCCCAUUUA